AUGGGUGUGUCCAAUAUUUCUGAGAUGUUCUUCUCUGAGAAAGAUUUAAACAGUACCAUGGAAAUCAGUUUCUUGGCUAGACCUCCUUUAGAAUUCCAAGAAGAGCUGUGUCAAAUUGCACCUUUUCAAGAUGUUGAUGAUGAGGCUCAACAACAAAUAGAAGAGAGAGUACAAGAACAACAAGAAGAUGAAAAAGAAGACAAGAGCAAGUUGCUGAUGUCUCCAUUGGAGUUAAAAUUGCCAUCUUUAGGAGGAGAAUUCAAGGUAAACGAAAAUGGUGAAGACGAUGAAAACAAUGAUGGGUUCAACACUCCAACUUCUUUGGAUCACAAAAUUCCUGUCAUGCUCAAGUGCCCACCUGCACCAAGAAAACCAAAAUCUCUCCCAUCACCAAAACAAAAUGCUUUUCGUCGGAGAAUCUUACUUGAUUUGACAAAAGAGAUUGAGUCUUUAUUUCCUCCAGCUCUUCUUGCAGAUCUUGGGAACAAGAUUAAGAAAGUCAGACAAGGAAAGAAACCAGAUCUAAAACUAUAUAAGGACUUUGCAAAACAUCAAAGCUGA